CUUUUUUUCUUCCACCCCUCACCUCUCACUCAUCUUGCAAGCAGGACCGUCAAGUUCCGCAGCCAAAGACAACAGAAUCUUUUUACCGCGCCCGCGCCUGGUCCCCGGCUCACUCUCGAUCAAAAUGGCGGAAUUUGUACGUGCCCAGAUUUUCGGCACGACCUUCGAGAUCACCAGCAGAUAUACAGACUUGCAACCCGUAGGAAUGGGUGCUUUUGGACUGGUCUGCUCCGCGAGGGAUCAAUUGACCGCACAGCCGGUUGCUGUUAAGAAAAUUAUGAAGCCUUUCAGCACGCCGGUUCUUUCCAAGAGGACUUAUCGCGAACUGAAGCUUCUGAAGCACCUGCGACACGAAAACAUCAUCAGCUUGAGCGAUAUCUUCAUUUCUCCUCUUGAGGACAUCUAUUUCGUCACGGAGCUUCUGGGUACCGAUUUGCAUAGACUCAUCUCCUCCAGGCCGUUGGAGAAGCAGUUUAUACAAUACUUCUUAUAUCAGAUUAUGCGAGGACUUAAAUAUGUCCACUCGGCAGGGGUCGUGCAUCGCGAUCUCAAACCCAGCAAUAUCCUCAUCAACGAAAAUUGUGAUCUUAAGAUCUGCGAUUUCGGACUCGCGCGCAUUCAAGAUCCUCAGAUGACAGGAUAUGUUUCGACCAGGUACUACCGUGCGCCAGAAAUCAUGCUCACAUGGCAGAAAUAUGAUGCAAAGGUGGAUGUUUGGAGCGCAGCGUGCAUUUUCGCUGAGAUGUUGCUGGGAGCGCCAUUGUUCCCCGGGAAAGACCAUGUCAACCAGUUUUCCAUCAUCACAGAGCUUCUCGGAACUCCUCCAGAUGAUGUAAUUCAGACCAUUUGCAGUGAAAACACUCUGCGGUUCGUCAAGUCGCUACCAAAGCGGGAGCCUCAAGAUUUGGCGAAAUUGCCGAAGUUCCUGGCGCUCGUGCAUCCCGACAAGAAACCCGAAGAGGAUGAAGAUUAUAAAAACACUAUCAACCUUCUUAAAGCAAUGCUCGUUUACAACCCGAAGGACCGAAUCAGCGCUGAAGCGGCGCUCGCGGCCCCAUACCUAGCGCCAUACCACGAUGAGACAGAUGAGCCGGUAGCGGAGGAGAAAUUCGAUUGGUCUUUCAAUGACGCCGACUUGCCCGUGGACACGUGGAAAAUCAUGAUGUAUUCGGAGAUUCUGGACUUCCACAACAUCGAUCAGGGCGGCGACAUCAACCCCGCCCUUGUCGAGGGAGCCGGGCUCAACCAGCAAGGUUUCCAAUAAAGCCCUAAUGAAUCGCGUGGAUGCGGCGCUGGUAGCAGUAUAAGCACGAUAUCGUGGGCUUUUUUUCCUUUUUUCCUCUAUCUCUGGCAUGUAGACUGGGCGCGAGAGCUGUGAUGUGGCUAUAUGUUUUAUUUAUGAACGAUUAUAUUUAUGUCAUGCGCGAUGUGUCUUUAUUAAAGUCUAAUCCACCCUUGUCCUGCUGAAUGACCUUGAAUUACACUACAUGGCCAUUACCUAUUGCUUGGUUGGUAAGUGAUGGUUUGAGGGCAAUUUGUUAGCUCUUUUGCACGUGCCCUUUGAGGUUGCCAGAUCUGUCCUACGAACGAGAUAUAUAUAAAUGCAAUACAUCUUUGCUCAGACAUCG